AGCAAGAAGACACAUGGACACAAGAUUCUGAGCUUACACAGAAUCAAAUGAUUCACUCUUGAAUUCAUUCACAUCCAUACACACUGAAGCCAUUUAACCUCUUAGAACUCCGCAUCCCGGAUCGUUAAGGACUAAGAAUUGCUGCAUUGAACUAUGGAAGAAAAUUAACAAAAUCUAUGGAGAAUUCAACCCAAGUCAAGUUCUUUUAUCUCUUUGGCUUACAAGAGACAUUUAACAACAAAUCGGUUUAUUUUAUAUUGCCUCUUAUCACAUACCUUCUCAUCAUCACUGUGAAUCUGACUAUGAUCAUAACAAUAAUUCAGGAGAAAGGUCUCCAUGAGCCCAUGUAUAUCUUUCUGUGUAGUCUAUGUAUCAAUGGAUUGUAUGGAACUGCUGGUUUCUACCCCAAGUUGUUACUGGACCUUCAGUCAGAUGUUCAGGUGAUAUCUUAUGGUGGAUGUUUCACUCAAGCCUAUGUAAUAUACACAUCUGUCAUGUGUGAAAUUUCCACUCUAACGGUGAUGUCUUACGACAGGUAUGUGGCAAUAUGUAGACCACUACUAUAUCAUACUAUUGUGACAUCUUUAACUGUUAGAAAGUUACUCUUAUUGUCUUGGUGUUGUCCUUUAUUUAUAGCACUCAUAGCAGUUAGUUUAGCUGUCAGACUUUCUUUGUGUGGAUCUCGCAUUGAUAAGAUAUUCUGUGACAUUCCGUCUAUACUGAGACAUGCAUGUUUACCCAUUACCAUCAAUCAGAAUUUGAACAAAUUUGUAAUAGUGGUUAAUGUUUUACAGAUACUUUUCAUUGUAUUUUCGUACUGUCAGAUUGUAAGGACUUGUGUAAAGUCAGCUAAGGGAAGGAUUAAGUUCACACAGACUUGUGUGCCACAUUUAAUAACAAUAUUUAUUUUCAUCGCAGUGACCCUGUUUGACAAUUUGCAAGGGUGGAAUAAUGUAAAUAGUACACUAAAUAUGCGUAAUGCAAUGGCCGUACAAUUCCUUGUUAUACCACCUGUCUUUAACCCUGUCAUAUAUGGACUUAACCUCCAGCAGAUUCGAAGGGCAGUUUUUAGAAAGUGUAAUGCACAUAAAAUCAUUGAUAUGAAACGUUAGUUACAUGAUCUUACACACCAGGGAAACUGCUUUAUAUCAGAAGCAAGGAUAACAUGGGCCUUGGUCAACCAAAAGUGGUCUUUUCUAUCAACCAAUCGAUUUGUCUAAAUUUUAAAACAUAGAUUUUUCAUAUAUAGACACAUCUAACGUGCCUAUUUAUCUUCUACCAACCUGCGUGCCAGUUAUGAUUUUCAUAUUAUUAUUAAUAGUCUUUGUAUCUCAAUCAUUGUCUGUGGUUAAUCAACAUUCUACAAUAUUAAUCUAAAUGAAAAUGAUACAAGUCUAAAAGUAUGUUAUUGCCACUGCCAACUAUGUAAAAAAAAAGCUGACAUAAAGCCAACACAGAAAAUAUCCUGAUACAAAUAAAUAUCCUAUAAAUCACA